GGAAGUUGUCACUUCAAACUAAACGCUCACAGGCUGCCAUCUCAGUUCAUAAACAGUGUUGUCCCUUGGUGACCAAUAAAAUGAGAUAAUGUCAUGUGUUACUGGCCAAUCCUGGCACAUUUCACGUGCUCAUUACACAUGUUUGAUAUGCCAGUCCACUAGUUCACUGCAGCUUUGCAUAUUUUAAGAGGUAAUGGAAAGGCUACAUGAGAUAAACUGAUCUUGUGCUCCUGUUUCAUACAACUGCACUGAAACACUAGUUGGAGAGAGAGAGAGAGAGGGAGAGAGAAAGAGAGAGAGAACAGGAGGAAGAGAGAGGUAGAGUGAAGGAGGGAGGUACGGACAGUGAGUUAGGCAUUAGUUUGUGUAGAACAAGAGCUUUCCAAGGCAAGGGGACAACAUAGUCGAGAGAAAGACAGAAAUAUCACAGGUAAGGUCAAGAAAGGACAGAAAAGGAGGAAAAAUAAACCAACGAAAAAGAAAGACAAAGAAAAAUCCUUAGGUCUACUCCUUAGUUAUGAGGGAAACACAGCCAUAUGCCAUCCUGUGUCUGGUUGCGUCGAGUCUCCUGAUGGUUUGGACGCCGCCUGUGCUGGCAUCGGUGGUGACCGACUUCAACCACGCCGAGCGCUGCAAGAACUCUCUGUACAUGGGCACCCCGCCGCGAGGGUACCUCAGCCACGCUCUCAAGAAGGUCUGCCAGCGCUACGAGGACAAGCCGCGCUACGUCACCCUCUACGACCCCCAGAAGCGCAUCCCUAUCUACUCGGCCUACAUCUUCAAGAAAACUGAUGGCGAGAAGACUGUAGACAUGCCCUGGAUGUUCGAGCCUCAGCUUUCAUCGGACAAAGGCAGCAGCAACAUGGAGGCUUUCCCCCAGUCUGCCAAGAUGCACAAGAACUUCGAGGACACGCAGGCGAUUCUGGAGGACUACGCCGACGUGGUCCAGUACGAGCGGGUCCUCCUGAACCCGGACGAGCACCAGUCUGACCCGGAGGACAAGGCGGCCACAUACACACUCACCAACGUGGUGCCGCAGCUCCGGGAGUUCAGCACGGGCCCCUGGGCCAAGCACAAAGACACCCUGCGUCGCCGACUCAACAACUUCUGCCGCGGCACGGCUUACAUGAUCACUGGGGUGACGACCUCGGGUCACAUGAUCCGCCGAGACAACCUGGACCGCGUGGCUGUUCCCGAGCACUUGUGGACUGCCUACUGCUGCCCCGAUUACGACCGCAACGCCCCCUAUGCCGAGCGCUACAAGUUUCCAGCCUACGCAGCGUUCGGCCUCAACGACCGCGUCAACAACCACAUGCAGGAGCUCUCCAUAAGUGACCUGCAGAGGUUCCUGAAGAACCACAUGGAGGUUGACAAGAACUUCCAGAUCUUCUAUAAUGACUGUAUACCAGAUUCGUGA